CGGUGCUACAUAUUUCUAUAAAACACGGGACUUUCCAGAGCCGAAGUUUACUUCCGCGUUGAUGCUUCCUGUUCUCAGUCUGAGCCUGCUGACGUUUCUCUCUUUUUUAGAGGAAAUGCAACAUCCAGAUGACCACUCGGCCGGCAGAAUGGGACAGUCUUGGAGCAGGUACUACGGACCGGAGGUCACACAGGAGUCGGACGACGAGUGUUGGGAGGAAGACCCUCGGGUGAAGCGCCUGAGAGCGAACGGGCGCCUGCCGCCAGCCCGGGCGGGGAGGGAGGGCCUUGCUAGGGCGAUCCGAGACUUCGGCUGGGAACUGGUGGUUCCACAGGGAGGGCGGAAGAGACCCGUGAGACUGAGGUCAUCCUGGAGUUCCAAGGACACCAGGGACUAUCGCAAAGGCUACCCUGGGAAGAGGUCUAACCCAGGCGUCAAUGAGAACUACAAGUUCUACAUGAACGAACUGAAGUCAAAGCCAGAUGGUGACUACAUCGACAACAUCCACAGGGACUGGUGGGGAGACUAUAAGCGUCUAGAGAUGCAUCAUGGGUACAUCCAAUGGUUGUUCCCCAUCAGAGAAGAGGGCAUGAACUGGCAAGCCAUGGAGUUACAAGAACAUGAAAUCAAACUGAUUAUGGAGAACCCAGAGGCCCAUGCCAGGAUCCUCAAGUCUUACGAGUUAAUGCUGGACUUCUAUGGUAUGAAGCUGAAGAACAAAAUGACUGGGGAGAUCGUACGCUCUGAAAACUGGGAGGAAAGGCUCAGCCACCUUAACAAUUCAUAUCACAACUACUUGCGCAUCACACGGAUGUUGAAGUGCCUUGGAGAGUUUGGCUACGAGCACCUGAAGGCUCCCUUCAUUCACUUUGUGCUGCGGGAGGCUCUGGUGGAGAAGACCCUGUCUAACACCAUUGAAAGCUGCUUGGACUAUUGGCUUCACACCAUUGUCAGGAAGGAGGAUAGGAUAGGCCUGCUUUGUCUGGCUGACCAGCUGUGGGAUGUCGACCCUGCAAAGGAAGCUGGGAAAAGUACAAAGGGUGCUGGAAAAGGUCAUGCUGCAAAGAAUGCUGGGAAAGAGUCAGCUGGAAAGGAUAUCGCAAAAGGUAGGCCUGCAAAGGCUGCCAAGAAAGAUGAAGGAACAAAAACUGAGGAGAAAGAUGAAGUUGCAAAAGAAGAUGGCGAAGCUUCAAAGUGUACUGAAAACUCAUCAAAGACUGAAGGGGACAAGAAAACAGAAACAGAUGUAGGGGGUAUGGGUGACUGUCCCAGAGAAGAUGGAGACGGGCAAGAAGAGAAUGAUGUAGUCAUGGAGCCUGCUGGAGAAGCAGAAGACACAGCCUGCACAGACCAUCCUGUUCAGGAGACAGAGAAACACCAAAGUGCCAAAUCAGUCACCAAAAGUGGGGAGGAAGUGAUGGAACAAGAGAUCGAAAGUGAAAAAAGUUCCCCAAAGACAGACACUAAAAACACUGAUGCAGGAAACACUGAAGAGGGGAAAGAUGAGGUGACAACUAAGACAGACUCCAAGGACAUCCCUGAGGGAAGUGAAUAAAAAGGAUCUAUGGGAAGUCAAGGACUGUACUUCAUCUAAUCAGGACAAUCCUGUGGACCAAAAAAUGUUGGAAACAUAAUCUAAUUACCUGACGGAACACUAGAUUGCCUUAAUGAGACCAUGUUUUGAAAUUACGUGCUGCACUGAUUUUGCAUUGAAGAUCACACAGUAGAGUAGCAACAAAAUACUGUCAUAUACGUAGCCCUUUUCUUGCUUAGUUGAUUCUGUCAACAGAAAUAUGGCAAUCAGUUGACAAAUAAUGUCAAAUGCCUCUAAAGUUUCUCAAGCCCACCCCCUUUACAAAAUGUAUGUUGUCAGUUUAGUUUAUUAUCAACAGUUCUCAAAUGUGAAUCUAUUUGAGUAUUUCUGAUUUUUCUUCAGAUUUAUAGUCUACAUGUAAAUUGGGAAACAUUGCUGGUAAUAGUGCUGCACCACUAUUGUGACAGAAAGCACUGGCAGUGUUGAGUGGUCCUUUGAUGAAAACAUAAUCCACACUUCAGUAGAUCUAUUCCUUUAGGGCAGCUGCUGCUUCUAUUCAUUAAAAAAUAAUAAAAGAUUUUAAUUGUAACGGUUACAGUGCUAUAUGUAGUAUACUUGUUCUGGUAAUGAUACUUAUGAAGUAAAAAGUUGUGUUUUAGUAUUUCUAUGCAAAAGAAAUAAUUGACCAAUUGUUGCUUAUUUUAAGUCAGUGUUAAAGAUUGGCCAUGUACAUGUAUACCAUUGCUUCUCACAGUAAUCUAUCAAACUGUAAAAACACUACUCCUGACUUGAUUCUGUCAGGUGACCCAGUGCUAUGUGUAGUAUUUUUUUGCAGUAUCAAAUAGUGUGUUAAAUGUAAGUCCCAACUCUAAUACUUCUCCAGAAAUUACAGAAACAUGGAGAAAUGAAAUGAAUGUACCCUUAUAUGUAAAUUGUAGCACUGGGCUGCAGAGCUUAAUUGAUUUGUGCAGUUGGAGAAAACGAUCAUAGUACACACCACUGCUUUGACAGUACAAUGUGUUGGAGGGGGUUGUGACAAUAUGAAAAACCAUAUUAACAAUAAAUCGUAUUUCUUGAACAAUA